CUUUGUCUCCCUUCUCCCUCCCCCGUAUUAAACUAAACUUAACAUUGUUUUAUCUCUGUUGUCCCAAUGAUAGAGGUAUAUUCUCGUGCUGGCUGUUUGCUGGCUCUUACAAUACUUUAUCUGUGUAGUUUUGAAAUAUCAAAGGGAAAACUCUUUGCGCGUUUUGACAAAGGUUCUGGAUCGUCUACACCAUGAAGCUCAGAGAGACCGAGCCAAAAAUGCACUAUGAUUGCAACUCAAGUCAAGGCGCCAGUGGUUUACCAUGGCACACUCUGAUGGCGCACGAUUCGGAGCAAAGGAAAGGGAUAAUGUCACCGCUUACUCCCACGCAGGUUGGUCGGAAUUUGCCGUGAAUUGUUUGCUCUUUCGGCUGAGUCUUGAAAACGACCAAAACGAUGGGAUGGACCAACAACCUCUUCUACCUACUGGUUUCACCGCACCUUUCUACACCAAUGAAAUCUUUAACAACUACGCAUAACGAUGGCUAUGCUUUUUUCACAUUCACAUAAGGGGAGCGGGAUCUUUCCAUAGCAGAAUGGAAAGUAGCCAUAAUUCCUGGCUCACAAUAUAGCGUACUAUCCGAGUAGUACUCGGAAAGGUUUUCUAUCGAGAAGCUUACCUGACAAUAUUUAGCCGCCAUUACUGGAUUUCGAGAUGUCAACUGAUGCCAAAAUCUCAUCUGAAAGGGAAACCAAGUUACCAGCAGAAGCGAAUGAAAGGAGAAAUGCGAGUUGUGAACGUGAGCUUAACCUAACAACACAGGAGCCCCCGGACAUCAAUCCGAAACCCGAAUCCCAAUCCGAACCUGGUCGUAUACUAGAUUCUCAGAUUGCAGAGGAGCUUCGGACGCUCCGCAAUUCGAUUCAUACCUGAGUAGUUCCUGUUUUAACCGACCUUUUGGCGCAAGAGGAUGAUACUAAGAAACGGAUAACUC